CUCACGAUAUCGCUUCCAAACAUCAAAGUGCCUACUGAUAAGCACCAACAAGCAGUUAUUGAAUUGACAAAGCUAAUGCCCUUGCAAAGACCUUCGCCCUGCGUAGGCUUGCAUCGACGUGCGUGAGUUGAUUUAAAGUUUCGAGAAUCAGACGAUACGCUGGCCUUUACUUUGUUCAUACCAUCGAGGGCUUGCGCCGGGGAGCGCAGAACUUCUUUUGCUGUCAGCACUUUAGGCGAUGGCGGACCAACCUGUCUUUGGAGUGUUUAAGGAGCCACCGGCCCUGGCGGCCUCCGCGCCCUACCAGCCACCGAGCGAAGCGGCCCUCAUCAAGAGCCGGACUCAGGGCAAGCAGUUCGUGAUCCCUGACACCACCCAAAUCAAGGGCUCUGGGCGCGACACAUGGCUCGACAAAAGUCUACCCAUCGGCACCAUUCCGGGUGACCGGUACGUCGACCCCGUCAACAUCUCCAACCUGCUGGACAGCCGCGGCAGGGGGCCGUUCAUCAGCGACAAGCCCUUCCGGCCCACACAGCCCUCGGCAAGAUCGGGCCGGGCCAAAGGCCACCCCUACGGCACGUUUGGGCCCGCCAACACGCUGUACGACACGGACGCGAGCCUGGGCAAGAACAGCGGGCGGCCCGUCACCGCGCCCGCCGACAAACUGCGGCAAAUCUACACCUGCACGCCCAAGCGGGGGGGCAUGGGGUUCCCGGACCAGUGCCGGCUAAUGGGCGGCGCCACCUAUGCGUACGUGCCCGACGAGUACAACAGGGCGCGGAUAGUGGAGAAGAGCAUGAAGGUGGAGGCUCGUGCCAAGAUCGUGAAGCCCUUUAUGGGCGGCUCGCGCGUCAACGGCUGCUUCUCAUCCGAUGCGGAGCUUUAUGCCGCGCCGCCACCGGGCGGGGCGACGCGCGCGCGCUCAGCUAGCGUGGGCCGGCCAGCCUGGCGACCCAACAGCCCCGCACAGAAGGGCAGGUACUACGGAGCACUGGGGCAGCCUAAUCACUACAUUCCCAACCCAGAGCCGGACGUCAAGGCUGGGAGACUGUUUAGGCCGGAAGGCGGACCUGUGAAACCUUUCAUUCCCGUAUCCGCGGGGCACAAGCGGCUCUCCAUGUGGUCGGUGAACCCGUACGAGCGGGAGGCCCGGCCGGCUCGGGACAUCACAACAGAGCUAUUGUAGAAGAAUGGGAGUCGCGAGUGCAUGUGAGCUUCUGCUGGUAUUGUGGGAAUUGAUUUAAGGCGAGGCUGCUACAUGCAUAUGUGGGCAUCCUCGGGCUGCAUGUGAACCCAUAUGGAAGUGGACGUGGGGCCUUGGCCUGCUAGCGUGCAAGUGUGAGGGGUUCAGAGGCCACUGGUGGGGUUUAGUGGCGUGCCCCGGUCCCCGUGCUGAAUCAUCAGCGGCAGCUGCAGCAGCAUGAGGGGACGGUGGGUGCGGUGUACAGAGGUGAGCACUGAGCAGGGUUAACAUCCUGCAAGCUCAUGGUAGCUGGCCUUUCAGCUUGCUAGGGCCUAGCGAAACGCUCAUUACAGUGGGAAUGCACGGUGGAAUGUGAGCAAUUAUUUUAUGGGCGACAUCGGGCACAGAUGCGAGCCGAAAGGGCAGGGGGCAGGUGCCAGCACCGCAGUGUCGUGGACUGGAUGUGAUGUACAUCUGAAGCUGUUUAACAGCAAGCGCAAAGGGAGGUGAGGUAGCUGAGCGACGUGAGUGAUAACUGAAGUUGGUCUUGUGGUAUGUGGGGGCCAGGCCAGGCCAGGCCACGCAGGGCCACGUCCCGAGGGCCAAGAUUGUGAUGGGGCAGACGAAGCCACGAAGGGCCGAUUAAACGUGCGCAGUUUAUGAAUGCGACAUUACAAGAAGGGACAGUCCGACCAAGCAGGGGUGCCCAACACCCAGGUCAGGAGGGAACCAUCUCCGGCCCGAAGGGAAACCGCCCUCCCCCAAGCUGGCUGCCGACCGUUAUGCCUGUUAUGUUGCCCUGAGGUU